AUGAAGCUGUCGAAGCUCAUCGCCGGCGCGGUGCUCGCAGCCCUCGGGCCGCAGGUUGCCGCCGAAUCGACCUUCCACCCGGCGAGACCACCUGCGGCCCCGCUGGCCGUCCGGUCGCCUUAUCUGAACGUCUGGCUGAACGGACGGUCGGACGGGGGUCCGUCCGGAUACCUCCCCGGCAGCUGGCCCCAAUUCUGGUCACAGGCCAUCCAGGGCUGGCAGGGCUUCGUCAUGGUCGACGGCAGGACCUUCAACUGGAUGGGCGGCGCCCCGGGCGGCACCAAGGUCGACCAGACGGCGUUCGAGUACACGUCGACCAAGACGACCUUCACCUUCACCAUCGCCGGCAAGCUUCAGAUGAGCGUCAAGUUCCUGUCGCCCGUCUACUACGACGACCUGCGCCGCCAGUCCAUCACCUCGUCCUACCUCGAGGUUUCCGUCAAGUCGCUCGAUGGACGCUCGCACUCGGUUCAAGUCUACUGCGAUGUCUCCGGAGAGUGGGCAUCGGGCGAUAGCAGCGCCAUCGUCCAGUGGGAAACACAGAAGAAGGAGGGAAUUCGCUAUCACAAGUUCUUCCGAAAGGAUCAGCAAAAGUACAAGGAGUGGAAUCAGAUUGCGUCAUGGGGCAACUGGUACUGGGCCACGGCCGAUACCGCCGACGUAAGCUAUCAGAUUGGCGCAGACACCGACGUCCGCGGCCAGUUCAUGGACAAGGGUCGCCUCACGGGAAAUGUUGAUCCCAACUUCCGCGCCGUCAAUGAUCGAUGGCCCGUCUUCGCCCUGUCCCGCGACCUCGGCUCCGUCAGCGAUGGCUGGAAGAGCACUCUCUUCACCAUCGGCUACACCCAGGAGGAUGCCAUCCAAUUCCAGGGCAGAGACAUGGCACCGAAGGAUGUGCCGUCGCUGUGGAAGAGCUACUUCACCGAGGACCAACUCCUGCCCUUUUUCUACAAGGACUAUGCCUACGCAUCCAAGUACGCCAGCCGGCUUGACAAGCGCGUCGCCGACGACUCGACAAGGGCAGCUGGACAGGAUUACCUCACCAUGACCAGCCUCGCCGUCCGCCAGGUCUUUGGUGCUCUGCAGUACACCAACACCCAGAGCAGACCCCUCGUCUUCCUCAAGGAAAUCAGCUCUAACAGCGACAUCCAGACCGUCGACGUCAUCUUCCCGGCCUUUCCCAUCAUGCUCUAUCUCAACCCGGACCUCAUCGUCUGGACCCUGGACCCGCUGCUGGAGAACGGUCGAUACCACUACCCCAACGACUUCGCACAGCACGAUCUCGGCACCUUUCCCGUCGCGCUCGGGCACCCCAAAGGGGACGACGAACCGAUGCCUCUCGAGGAGUGUGGCAACAUGGUCAUCAUGAUGCUUGCCUACGCCCAGCGGCAGCACAACCCGAAGUAUCUGGCUGAUAACUGGGAUCUCCUGGAGAAGUGGGCAGCCUACUUGAUUCACGACGCCAAGAUCCCCGCCAACCAGCUAUCCACCGAUGACUUUGCUGGCCAUCUUGCCAACCAAACCAACCUCGCGCUCAAAGGCAUCAUCGCCCUCGAGGCCAUGUCCCAUAUCGCAGAUCUUGCUGGCCAUAAGCACAAGGCGAAGAAUUACUCCGCUAUUGCGCACUCGUAUCUUGACUUUUGGAAGGUCCAUGGCAUCAACCGCAAGGACAAGCACACGGUGCUGCAGUACGACAACUCUGCCACGUAUGGUCUCCUGUAUAACAUCUACGCUGACAAGGUACUGGAUCUCGGUUUCAUCCCCCAGUCCAUCUACGACAUGCAGAGCGACUACUACCUCACCGUGGCCAAGGAGUUCGGCGUCAUACUCGAUACCCGCGGCACCCUCACCAAGCUCGACUGGGAGAUGUUUGCCGCUGCCGUCGCGAAGCCCCAAACGCGUGACAUGUUCAUUUCCAAGAUUGCGAAGUGGAUCAACCGCACGACCACCUGGCGCGCUUACUCAGACCUCUACGAUACCAUCGACGGAGGUUACCCCCGCGGCAUCCAGUUCACGGCCCGUCCGGUCGUCGGCGGUGUCUUCUCCCUGCUCGCGCUGAAGAAGUAG